GUACGCAGAUGUGUUGAUGUAGAUCGAAUUAGUCCUUGCCAUUGGAUGACUUGAUUUGAUAAGCUUAAAUGACGAUUCUAAUUACGCUUAUUGCACCGUUGAAAUAUCUUUGGUACAUCGUUGAGAUAAGCUUAUCAGUCCAAUGAACCAUCAUGUGGCUUCGAGUGUCAUUGAAUGGAUUUAUACGACAUCAACAAUCGUGAGCCAAUCGGCACAACAGAAGCAAAACAGUAUGGUACGUCCAAUAUCCACAGAUCUGGCUGGAGUGGCAAAGGACGAACUAAACGAAGACCCAAGCCAGUUAGAAAGCCACCUAAGUGUUAUCCGUAAUUGGCUGAAAGAGUGUACGCGUUUUCAUGGUGUGCUCGACGAUCAGAUCCUGCUUUCGUUCCUGAGGGGUUGCAAAUUCAGCUUGGAAAAAGCGAAACAAAAGUUGUCACUAUUCUAUUGGAUCAGAACUACAUUACCGGAAGUGAUCCAAAACAGGGAUCCCUAUGAGGACCAUGUUUUGGAGGUGAUACGUUUGGGUGUGGGAACCCCUCUUCCCGAUACAGUAAAAGCAACAGAUCCGAAGGUUUUCAUAAUACGAGUGGCGCGGUUUGAUUUGACAAAGAUAACAUUCGCAGAUGUGAUCAAAGGAGGAACGCUAAUCAACGAUGUGUUAAUGCGAGACGAUGACCAAAUGGUUAUUUGUGGAAUGAUUUUGGUUAUAGAUCUGGCCGCAGUGACUGCAAAUCAUCUUUUUCAGUUUGAUUUUGAGUUUUUGAAGCAAGUAGCAAUAUUGUAUCAAGAUGCCAGUCCUCUUCGAAUGCAAGGCAUUCAUAUUCUGAACCCACCGCCUGGGAUGCAAACCGCGGUUAACAUAUUUAAUAACCUGCUCUCUGCGAAGAAUAAAAACAAAAGGAUAUUUGCUCAUGGCAGUAAUCUGAAGUCAUUACAUGAACACCUACCAAAAGAAAUCUUACCAGAGGAGUACGGUGGCACUUUAGGACCGAUACAGGCAUUUGUUGAUGAGUGGGAGCUAAAGCUCAAAGCUAAUCGAGAUUACCUUCUCGAAAUGGCUAACUUACGCGACAACGAAGCAAGUCGAGGUACAAUGUUAUCAGCUUCACAAUCAUUCACAUCGUCACCAUCUUCAUCAUUAACAAGCCAACAAACAUACUUUGGAAUUGAUGGCUCAUUUAGACGACUUGAAUUGGACUGAAUAAAUUUUGUGAUCAUGAAACCUGAAGCGUUAUAAAGUAUU